AUGGCGUAUUCCGAGCCAGACUGGCUGCUUGUUAGCCUCCACUACGUCUAUCCUGCAGCAGUAUUUCUGUACUUUGCUACCGCCUACGCCAUCGCGGCUUGCACUCUCCAGACGGCCUCCACGGCUGUGAAGACCAAGCACGGCCGGCCCAAGAUCAUCACAUGUCUUCUCUUGGCCUUCUUACUCUCCUAUCUCGUCCAGCUCGCCGAGAAGCUCAUCGAGGGUGCGCUGAGCCUAGAGUGGCCCUCAGAAGACACCGUGGUUGGCCUACUAUCAUGCAUGCUGGUGUUCGGUAUCGAGCAAAGCACUCUCGGCAACGCAGUUGAUGUGGUAUGGUAUCCUUUCUAUGGAUCAUGGCUCAUAGGUGUGGUUUUGGAACCUGUGCUUGCCGUGCUUUCCAUCCUCCAACGCUGCCGCGGUCGUCGUAUCGAGGUCUCUGAGAUCGCCAACUCAACGGUUUUCUUGUGGAUCGACGUGGCAAUCUUCAUUACCCGAUAUCUCAUCCUGCUGGCAGUGAUCCUGGUCUUCUUCCUCUGGCGCGAGAAGAACGAGCUAGAGGGUGCCGACGAUGAAACAAGUCCACUGCUGCCAAAACCGGAUCAGACUGCAGCCAACGGAAAUGGGACUGAUAGUGGUUACGGAACUCGCGAAAACUCGGCAAACAACACAGAUGCGACCAACUCGCCCAGCGACCCUGAAUCGCCUUGGGAGCGCCGCCAGCGUCUAGCACGUGAGCAAAUGGAGAAACGACUGAAGAGCGAGGGAAGUUGGAUUGCUUAUGCGAAAGGUUUCUUGAUCUUCUUCCCGUAUGUUUGGCCGGUGCAUAACCGUCGGCUCCAAUUGUAUGCCGCCCUCGUUGGAGUGUGUCUCAUCACAGGCAACGCGUUGAACGUCCUUAUACCGAGACAGAUGGGCAUCGUCCUCGAUUCCCUCAGCGGUGACGCGAAAGGCCUCAACCCUUGGAUCCAGGUUCUCAUCUUCGCUGCUUUGAGACUUGCAGCAUCCGAAGCCGGCAUUCACCUCCUCCGCCAGAUGUUCUGGCUCCCGGUCGAAUUCUACUCACAAGAAGCACUGUCGGUCGCCGCUUACAACCAUGUGAUGAACCUAUCAGCAGACUUCCACGAUUCUAAGAGCUCGUCGGAUCUGAUUGUUGCCAUAUCGCAUGGAACUUCGAUCUCCCGGAUGCUUGAGUCGAUUUGCUUCGAGGCUUUGCCAAUGAUGAUCGACCUUGUGGUUGCCUUCAUUUACCUGUCCGUCAAGUUUGGUCCCUAUGAAGGGUUCAUCACGAUAGCAACUGGGAUUGCCUUCGUCCAGGCCGCCACUUACUUGAUCGCACGUUUCAAAGAGAAAAGAAAGCAGAUGGUCAAGACCUUCUUUGAAGAGCACUAUGUGCGACAGGCUGGUAUUCAAGGGUGGCACACGGUUAGCGCUUUCAAUCAGAUUCCGUACGAGGAAAGUCGCUACCAGACUGCUGUCAGGUCGGAGAUCUCAGCCUAUAAAGGGCUCUACUCUGGUUACUUGAUUGGUCAUGCAUUCCAGUACUUGAUACUACUUUGUGGACUAAUUGCUGGGGCCUUCUUGGCUGUCCAUCAGGUCACGCACGGCCAGCGCACGCCUGGAGACUUUGUGAUGCUAUUGACCUACUGGGGCCAGCUGACAUCACCUCUUCGCUUCUUCUCGAAUCUUGGCAAGAGCAUCAGCCAAGAUCUCGUCUAUGCCGAAAGACUCCUGGGAGUCAUGUUGACAAAGCCGACUAUCGUGAAUAAACCCGAUGCGAAACCCUUGGACCUCAAGGGCGGCGAGAUUACGUUCCGUGACGUCAGUUUCAGCUACGACAAGAAGAAGGACAUCUUGAAGGGCGUGAACUUGACGGUGCCUUCAGGCAAGACUGCAGCGUUUGUGGGAGCAACCGGUGCCGGAAAGUCUACUAUCCUGAAGCUUCUAGACCGCUUCUACGACGUCUCGGAAGGGUGCAUUGGGAUCGACGGGCAAGAUAUUCGAGACGUUCAGAUAUCUAGUCUCCGCCAGAGCAUUGGAAUUGUGCCCCAAGCACCAAUUCUCUUCGACGAUACGAUCAUGUCGAACAUCAGGUACGCCCGACUUACUGCCUCGGAUGAGGAAGUACAUGAGGCUUGCAAGGCUGCCGCUAUUCAUGACCAUAUCAUGGGCUUCAGCGAUGGCUACCAAACUCGAGUAGGUGAGAGAGGAGUCAAGAUCUCGGGCGGAGAAUUGCAGCGCAUUGCGAUUGCCCGAGCCAUUUUGAAACGACCGGAGGUUGUCCUCCUUGACGAAGCGACCAGCUCCGUGGAUACAGAGACCGAACAGAAGAUCCAGGAGGGGCUUCGUGUGCUUUGCGAGGCCAGGACAACAUUUAUUGUGGCACACCGACUGUCGACUGUUAUGAACGCGGACGUCAUAUUUGUUGUGUCCGAUGGUGAGAUCGUUGAGCAAGGUAGCCAUGAAGAACUUCUCGAGAAGAAGGGAAAGUACUCUGAGCUGUGGUCAAAGCAGAUUUUUGUGAAGCCCAAGGAGGAUAAGGGCCUUCUUGUCACUAACGACAUUAUCAACGAGCCACCAAGAACUCAGACUCAGACUCAGACUCAAGAGACUUCUGAGAAUGCUAACGCCAAAGAUGGAAAUGCGGAUGCGGCCAGCGAACCCACGAAAACGCAGGCUACGAAACUGAAUCGCCCAGUCACGACACCCAAAUUGGUAACUUCUUCUUUAGCAGCUAAUGAACAGAGUGUGAAGACACCGAGUGGCCAUCAGAAAGAGGGUUCAAGGCUGAAUCCUGGUGCCCCGGUGUUUACACCUCGUUCUGCCGCUGCUGACCAACGGACUACAGACGAGACAUUGCAGGAGUGCCAACAACCUACAGCCAAGACUGAUGCCAGAGCCUCACCAACCAGAAAUACCUGGGCUGAUGAAGUUGAGGUGGGAGUCCAUUUUCCACCCAUGCCCAAGUCUGGGAUGAAUACCACCAAGGAAAACACCAAGCCAGUAGACCAGAGUCCGAGAAAGACCCCCCUUGCGGCCGGCUAUCGUCGCUUUGAGCCACAAGACAGUUCACGUUCUGUUUCUGAUCCAGUUCCAUCAACGCCUGAGAAGAGAGUUUCCAACCAGCAAAAUGACUCGGUUGAUCAGCAUACGGAACAAAGUGUUGGCGAGGCUUUGCAGCCAAGAACAAGGGGGAAGCGCACUACGUCUCGCGGUAGAGGCGGGAACUCACGUGGUCGUGGUGGUCGACAACCUGGCAGCCGUGGACGAGGUGGUGGUCGCAGUGCAUCAGGUCCCUCCCACCAAGCACCCGCGUAG